CGCGCACCGCGCCGCGGCCGUCGCCGACCUCGCGCGCGGGGGCGGCCCGGGGGCGGGCGAGAACGGCGCCCGGGGCCCCGAGCACGACGAGGGCGCCGAGGAGGCCGAGCACGACGAGGGCGCCGAGGAGGCGGAGGCCAAGGGCUCCGCCGAGGGCGGGUGGCGCGCGCUGCUCGUCGCGCGGGAGCGCGGCCGUGCCGCCCAGGACGGUCACGCGAGCUGCAAUCUGGACGACACGGGUCAGGAUUGCCAAAAGAGGGUAAGAGAGGCCGAGGCAGCCGCCCAAGCAGCUCGGGCGGAUGCGGACAAAGCCAAGGCUGAAGCGCAGGAAGCCCAGGCUGCUGAGAAGAAAGCCCGGGCUGCUGAGAAGGACGCCCGUGAGUCUGAGGAACAGGCCAGAAGCGACCAGUGGAAGGCAGAAGGGGAGACGGUAUCGGCAAACAAAGCUUACAAGGAGGCUGAUAGGGACAGGCAGAAGGCAGAGGAGGCCAAGAAGCAGGCUAGAGACGCUGAGAGGAAGGCUGAGGAGGGUAAGGACAGGGCACAGAGGGCCGAGGAACAGGCUCGACGUGCUGUGGCAAUCACGAAGAGCCAGACGGAAGAGGCCGACUCGGACAGGAAAUGCUCGCUCUUGUUGACGAAGAAGGUUGACAUGGAGGUCAUCGUCGACAACUCGCAUGCCAUGAUCCCCCCUGGCGUUGCCAUGUUCCACGGCCAAGCUGACGAGGUAGCCAGCGAGGCUGAGGUCCACAGGUGCCCGAACCGGGGCGCCUGCGUGGCCAACGGGUACUUGUAUGUGUCGCUGCAGCUGGGCUGUCUGCUUCCUCCCGGGCAGGUCGUGAUGCGAUCUCCCGUCGAUCCGGACGUGGCCAUCGCGCAGUGCAAUGCCGGCUACGACAGCGAUCGCGCGGGCUGCGCGACGUGCGCCUCGGACCACGGCAGGUCGAAUUCGGACCCCUUCGAGUGCUCUGCUUGCGGCGACCAGAAGGUCCAGUUGGCCGUUUGGAUGAGUCAGCCCAUCGUGUUGUACGCCAUAUCGUUGUCCGGCGCGGAGAAGGCCCGUUUCGCGGUGAACGUCGGCGCGGCCUAUUCCAACGACGUUCUCAAGAUCUUGAUGGCUUUCAGUUCAGGCAUGGUCUUCUUGGCAAGCAGCAUUGAAUCGACGGACGCGUUCCGCGCUCUCACCGGCACCAUGAAAUCGGGGGCGAGCAGGGCGCUCAGCACGGCCUCCAUCACAUCCGGGGACUCCUCUGGGAGUUCCCCGGCGCACUCGUCAAGCUUGGACUGCUUGCUGUUCAAUGGCCAGAAGCCGGCCUCCAUCACGCAGAAGUUCGUGGCUCUCGUAUUGCAGGCCGCUAUCAUCUUGAGCCUGGCCCUCAUCUUCGUAGCGAUCAAGGAGCGUUCAACACGAUCCCAGGCCUUCAGAUCCCGGGCCCUCGCGGCCUUCCUGGUCGCCGGGAACCAGUUCUUGCCCGGGUUCGUUGGCAUCUGCUUCCAAGCGGUCCCCUGCUUUCACACCCAGGCAGGAGGUAAGUCAUACAUGUCCUACAACACCGCCGCAGAGUGCACUACCUCCAACCGCGUUCAGGCCGUGGCGUUCGCCAUCCCCGCCCUACUCGCCACCGUGGCCGCGGGGCCCGUCGCCUGGGUCUGGAUCCUGCGCCUCGACGCGGCGAGGCGCCGCUGUGGCGCGGCCGCGGGUGGUAGCGAGGACAAGAGGCACAGUUGCGAUGACGAGGACAAGGAUGACGACCGAUGACAAUAAUGAGGUGGGCAGGGACAAGGACAAGGAUGACGAGCACCAGGGUGGCGAGGACAAGGAGAAGGGUGCCAGUGAUGUCAGGGCCGACGUUGACAAGGGCUCGGAUGACGAUGACGAUGGCGAGGACCAGGACAAGCCCAAGGAUGAGGAUAAUAAUGAAGUUGGCGAGCAGGACAACUCACUGAGAUUCCUCACUGGGUCCUACCAGGAGCGCUACAAUUAUUUAACCGCUUCGCUCAAUCCGCUGGCCUAUAUUGUGCCAUCGUUGGCGUUUGCGUGCGCGUUCGUGGGCCAUGCGGCGCUGCUGGUCGGCGCUGCUGCGCUUGUGCGUGUCAGCCCUCAUGGAUGUUUCUUGGUGUUGCUUUGCCGGGAUAGUUCGGUCUCUGUGGUUUUGCUAAAAGCGUGACGUUCCCACACCAGAAACCAAGGGACGCCCUGAGGUCUCGGGGUUGGGUUUCUUGCAAAAGGUUUCUUGUUGGCCUCCACUGCAGAGCACUGCCUCCGACUGGCCGACUCGCCGAUUCCCAGACUCCCCGACUUCCCGACUGGCCGACUUCCCGACUCCCCGACUCUCCGCCUCCCGAAUGGCCGACUUCCCGACUUCCCGACUGACCGACUCUCCGAUUCCCCGAUUCCCCGACUCUCCGACUUCCCGAUUUGGCCGACUCCCCGGCUUCCCGAUUGACCGACUCUCCGACUCCCCGACUAUCCGACUCUCCGACUCCCCGACUCCCCGACUCCCCGACUUCCCGACUGACCGACUCUCCGACACCCCGACUCCCCGACCCCCCGACUCCCCGACUUCCCGACUCUCCGACUUCCCGACUGACCGACUCUCCGACUCUCCGACUCCCCGACUCCCCGACUCUCCGACUCCCCGACUGGCCGGCUCCCCGACUCCCCGACUGACCGACUCUCCGACGCCCCGUCUCCCCGACUCUCCGACUCCCCGAUUGGCCGACUCCCCGACUGACCGACUCUCCGACUCCAGGACUCCCCGACUCCCCGAUUCCCCGACUCCCCGACUGACCGACUCUCCGACUCCGACUCCCCGACUCUCCGACUCCCCGACUGGCCGACUCCCCGAUUCCCCGACUGACCGACUCUCCGACUGUGACUCUCCGACUCCCCGACCUUCCGACUCCCCUGACUCCCCGACUCACCGACUCACCGACUCACCGACUCUCCGACUCUCCGACUCCCCGCCUCCCUGACUCCCAGACUCCCCGACUCCCGACUCCCCGACUUCCCGACUGACCGAUUCUCCGAGUCCCCGACUCCCCGGCUCCCCGACUUCCCGACUCCCCGACUUCCCGACUGACCGACU